CCAUGAUGCUAUGUGGUGGUUUCCUGAAGAUAUACAUGAUACUUGUUUCUAACACUGAUUCCAUGCUCAUGGAAAAAUGACUUGUGUGUUUAACAAUGUAGAUCAACGUUGGGAGCAAAUGCGUGACUUUACCUAUGCAGCGAUCGUCUAACGCCAGCUUCCCAUCAUCUCACUGUGGCGAAUGUUACCUCGGCAUUUUGUAUUUGUAUACUUGUCUCCGACCCAAUGCGGGGAACUUCCUUCCUUCCAUCCUUGGCCAUGCCAUCAGUAAUGAACUACCAACAGGAUACCUCGGAUGAACCCAAGAAAGAUUGCUUCAUUACUUCCUUACUUCACACUCUCUUUUUUCUUUAACGUGGUGACUGCUUUCAAACUAAUCGUAUGGUUGUAUCAAGCUAUCACACCAGGGCUAGUUUCACUACAAAUCUUCAUCCAUUCAUUUUACAAAUUCCAAUGGGAGAUAAUCAGAUGGAAAUUCUAUCGCCGACAAAGUGCAACACAUAGAACCAGCCAUGUCCCCAAGUAAAAAGGAGAUGCGAGCAGGAGCAGUUGCAUUCUGUCAGGCUUUUGUUGAUGGAUUUUCGCCUGGUAUCAUCUCGUCUGGACAUUUCGCAUCAGAACCGCGAAUCACAGAGCAUGGUCCUGAAAGUUCAGAACUCCCAUUCUUAGGUAAAACAUUUUCGGGUCGUAAGUCCGAGUCCUCCAGUAAUCAGACACGCGACGAUUACUUCACUUUCUUAUCCAAAUCCCUUAAGUUCGAGUCCUCGCCGACCACAUCCCCUUCACCCAAGUCUUUUAUCGUUGAUGAGACUUGCGAGAUUAAUGGCAGAAAGGUGUUGUCAGUGUUGUUGGAAGUGCAACUUUCAGGAGCUUGAAGACAGGCAAAGAAUAGGAUGAACAGUUCAUAUACCGAUUGAGCGAAUUCGAUGAGGAAGGGAAGAUUGGACAUUGGGAGAUCUGGGCGGAUACUCUCUCUGCCUGGAAUGCCGUUCAUAAUUAAGGCUAUGGUUACAUUCAGCGGGAGGGGCCGGGGU